GAACGCAGGCGCCAUUACGCGCGGAAGUCAGAAUCUGGCCAAAUUGGGGGUGUCCGGCCGAUCUGUACCCCUAGAUUGGGCACGGACUGUGAAGUGUUGCAGUCAAGAUGUUGCGCGUGGUGAGCUGGAACGUCAAUGGGAUCCGGAGCCCCCUGCAAGGGAUGGUACACGAGGAGCCCAGCAACUAUGCCUCCAUGGUCGUGGGGCGCAUUUUGGACAAGCUGGAUGCCGACAUCGUUUGUUUCCAGGAGACUAAAGUGACGAGAGAUGUGCUGACUGAGCCCCUGGCUAUCACUGACGGCUAUAACUCCUAUUUCAGCUUCAGCCGCAGCCGCAGUGGCUAUUCUGGUGUAGCCACCUUCUGUAAGGACAGUGCUACCCCCAUGGCUGCUGAAGAAGGCCUCACUGGCCUACUUGCCACUCAGAAGGGAGACGUGGGUUGCUAUGGAAACAUGGAUGAGUUCACCCAGGAGGAGCUUCGGGCUCUGGAUAGUGAGGGCCGGGCCCUCCUCACACAGCACAAAAUCCGCACAUGGGAAGGGAAAGAGAAGACCUUGACCCUAAUCAACGUGUAUUGUCCCCAUGCGGACCCUGGGAAACCUGAGCGGCUGGCGUUUAAGAUGCGCUUCUAUCGCUUGCUACAGAUCCGAGCAGAAGCCCUCCUGGCAGCUGGCAGCCAUGUGAUCAUUCUGGGUGACCUGAAUACAGCCCACCGCCCCAUUGACCACUGGGAUGCAGUCAACCUGGAAUGUUUUGAAGAGGACCCAGGGCGCAAGUGGAUGGAUGGCUUGCUCAGUAGUCUGGGAUGCCAGACUGGGUCCCCUGUAGGACCCUUCAUCGAUAGCUACCGCUGCUUCCAGCCGAAGCAGGAGGGGGCAUUCACCUGCUGGUCAGCAGUCAGUGGUGCUCGCCAUCUGAAUUAUGGCUCCCGGCUUGACUAUGUGCUAGGUGACCGGACCCUGGUAAUAGACACUUUCCAGGACUCCUUCCUACUGCCUGAAGUGAUGGGCUCUGACCAUUGCCCUGUGGGUGCAGUCUUGAGUGUGUCCUCUGUGCCAGCAAAAGAGUGCCCACCUCUGUGUACCCGCUUCCUCCCUGAGUUUGCAGGCAUCCAGCUCAAGAUCUUUCGCUUCCUAGUUCGUCACAAAGAUCCUGUGUGCAAGCAAUCAGCGCUGCGACUCAACAAUAAAACCCAGGUACAGAUGCACCAAAACAAAGCCCGUGUGCGCUCAACCAGGCCUCGGCCAAGUCAAGCUGGCUCCAGCAGAGGCCAAAAAAACCUGACAAGCUACUUUCAGCCAUCUUCCAGCCAUCCCCAAACUUCUCCUAACUUGGAACUUCCUAGUGUGGGUGCCCUCAUGACCCCAAAGAUUCCAGAAAAGGAAGUGAUGGCCAAAGUGGUAGAGGGGCAGGCCAGUGCUUCAGAGGCCAAGGAUGAGAAGGAGAUAUGGACCUCUUUUUGGAAGUCUGUGCUGGGGGGGCCCUUGCCCAUGCCCCUCUGUGGGGGCCACAGGGAGCCAUGUGUGAAGCGAACUGUGAAGAAGCCAGGACCCAACUUGGGUCGCCACUUCUAUAUGUGUGCCAGGCCCCAGGGUCCUCCCAGUGACCCUUCCUCCCGCUGCAACUUCUUUCUCUGGAGUAGGCCCAGCUGAAUCAACCCAGGCCUAGGGAUAUCUAUCAUGGUCAACCCUGUACAUAGUCAGGUCAGCUCCCUCCUAAGCUGCCUCUUCUCCCCCAAGACCUCUUCUUCUGCUUUCCUCAAGGACCCUUCCUUUCCUCUUUCUCUUUUCCUUCUUUAAGGCCUCUGUAUCUUCUUCCUGCCUAGCUCCUCCUCAUUGGUGAGCUACUUGUUUGUGCCAUAUUGGUGUGACCCAGUUCCCCAAAGUGCUUCCCACUUUCCUGUCAGAAGUACACAGGAACCAAUUGCCCCAGGAAGUUUAUUUUAAACACCUUUCUUCUUGCUGACAAAUAUAUUUGUGGCUAAAUAAAGUUUGUUUUUAUUUUAGCAUAC